CAAGCUGAAGCGCCGGCCCCGCACUGUUCGCCCCAGAAAACGCGCGGUGGAAUACUUUCCCUUGGAGUUCGAAACCAAGGAGGGGAAGGGGAGGCGCCGCCCAUGGCCAACUUCUCCAGCCACAUCAAGGAGCUCCGGGAGCUCAUCGCGGCGUCCUCCACCACCACCUCCACCUCCGCGCCCGCGUCCGUCCACUUCGAGGUCAAGCUCCGCGAGGUCCUCCCCAACCUCCUCCGCGACUACGUCGUCCCGUCAUCCCCCACCGCGGACGGGAGGGAGGCCACCGCAGUGCUCAAGCUGCUCUCCUACACGGCCGGGAAAUUCCCGGGGGUCUUCUUCCACGGACGCGCCACCGAUGUCAUCCGCGUCAUUGGCCGUGUCCUCCCCUUCUUUGCGGAGCCCAACUUCCAGUCAAGGCAUGAGAUUAUAUUUGAUACGGUUUGGUCUCUUCUCUCACUUCUUCGCACAGGUGACCGAGAAGCCUACCGGCAGUUCUUCUUGGAUGCCAUGGUUGCAGUACAAGAUGUGCUAUAUGUGGUGGCAUCAAUGCAUGAGGAGAGGGCAAAUGGCGUGCUUAAUGAAAGAUAUUUAGUUAAAUGCCUCUGUGGAUCCUUCUCAGAUAUCUUGGAUUCACCUGGCAUUUUUAGUGAUCUCCCAGACAGCUGCCAGCCUAAGAAUGGAACCGGAGUAUUGAUUGAUCUGACUGGUGAGACCAGGUGGCGACCAUUUUCCACUAUGCUGAUUAAGCUUGUCAACAAUUGUCUUGCAGAUGGGACCCUGUAUGUUGAGGGACUUGUUAACAUGCCAUUUGUUUCUGCUGCUUGUUCUAUUAUCUGCUACGGAGAUGAAUCCCUACACAAGGUUUGUUUUGAUUUUGCACGGAUUGUUGCAACGGUGAUCAAUGUUGAGAUCCUUCCUGUGGAAAACAUUAUUCGUUCGAUUACGUGCAUCUUGAGCCAAGAUGUUAGUGAGCUUUCUGGUAUCAGAGACGCAGGUUAUGACUUUUCAAUGGGUGCCUGUCUUCAUGCACUACAUUCUUCAUGCCAGAGCUAUAUUGUUGAAACUACGGCUUCUGACAUUGUCAAUGUUUUCCUAAGAGCAGUGCAGACCAGCAGAAGCUCAGAGCUUCAGGUUGCAAUGUGCAAUGCAUACAAGAGAAUAGUUGAACUCUGCUCCCCACGAGUAUGGAAACCAGAAAUCCUUUUAAGGCUGCUUUGCUUGCCAAAGCCUUGCCCUAAAUUGGUAGAAUGCAUUCGACUGGUCGUUGACAAAUCUGGCCAGAGUGUUUUAUCUGCAGAUGGCAGUGAUGAUGGAAGCAGCCUAUCAGCAAAAACUGAAGGAUUUGAUUUGCCAAAAGUUGGACGGAAAAGAAUAGCCCUGGAUGAGGAAAACAGUUUACCCAAACGUUUGAAGAUGAAAGAUACAAGAUUUUCUGCUGAUUCAUUUAUGGUCGAUGACUUUCCUCUUGGCGUUCGGCAGGAGCUAGAAAAUAAUCAUGGUUGUGAUUUUCGUGUGCCACUAUAUUCACUCAUUAAUUGCCUGUCACCUGACAAUCAUAUGGCUUAUCCAUUGGAGCCAGCGAUUGCUAUUCAAGUGCUUAGUCUGUUGUGCCUUUCGUUAUGUGUUUAUCCAAAGACAAAUCUGUUUAGUAGAAUUUGUAAGCAAGUCCUUUCCUGGAUUCCUUGGAUCUGCAAGCAGGCAACCAAGAUACACUCAUUUUCCUUUGAUGUGUCACUUUAUUUCGAAGCUGUUCAGACUGUAAUACUUCUCCAAUCAUUUCUUCCAGGACACAUUAAAUUGUUUGAAGAUGAACCUUCGUUGAUUGGUAAUGGUUGUACAGAUUUUGAAUAUCCAAGAUAUGCUGAUUUUAUUAACUUGCUGAAACUGGUGUGGGAUGAUGGUUAUGCUGCCUCUCCAACGUAUUCGGAUAAGUUAAAAUGCCUUGCAGUACAGAUUAUUGCUAAAAUUGGCAGCAGGCUGAAUGCUGAGUGUGAUCUUGAAGUCCUCGAAUUGGCUAUCCAAAGUGAAACUACAGAACUUCAAAAUGAGGCUCUUAUGUCGUUACCCAUUGUUGUAUUGUACUCUGGUCCUAAGAUGCUUGGAGCUAUGUUCAGGAAGCUUGAGACAAUUGGUACUUUAGGACUCAAGAAACUGUGGAAAAGUAUUGCCAUUUCACUUGGUUUUCUUUCUUGCUUAAAUGGAACCACUGAUUGCACUGACAACGUGGGUAAUCGUUGCAAACUUUUCCUGUCCAAGCACUGUGAACUGCCAACCUUGACAUCGAAUCUCUUAGGAGGUUUCUGGUGCCCUCAGUGUGAUGUCAGAACUAACCUCAUUGAAGAGCAAAUUCCUGUUGUGGACAUUGCACUUUUGGAAGAUAAAAAUAUUGACUUCAGAAUUAACAUGUUCAAGGCCCACUCUCUUUUCUUCAAGUUCCUUUAUGGAGAGACUUCUGAGGAGUGUAUAGUUUCUGUAGUUGAAGUUUUGCCUCGAAUAUUGAAACAUUCUAGCAGGGAGGUUCUGCUUGAUACGGAAUUUCAGUGGGUACAGUGUGUUGAUUUUCUCCUACUACAUGAAAUGAAAGCUGUCAGAGAUGCAUUCUCUAGCAUAGUGUCCUGCUUCUUGGAAACAACUGUGAUGGAUAUUUUGUUUUCUGAUGGAAUGGGGAUGAGUGAAGGGACAAACGGAAUUAAAUUUAUGGACAAAAUAAAGAGUGCUUUCACUGAAGUUGAAGAUCCCCAGAUUCUACUUACUCUUUUGGAAUCAACUGCAGCAAUUAUGAAAGCUAGUGAUAUUCAUGGGGAGGUUUUUUUCUGCUCAUUUGUAUUGCUUAUUGGACAGCUUGGUAAUCACGAUUAUGUUGUAAGGAUUACUGCAUUGAGACUAGUUCACAGAUGCUGCACAUACUGUUUCAAAGGAGGACUAGAACUCUUCCUUUCAAAGUAUUUCCAUGUUAGAGAUAAUCUAUAUGAUUAUCUGUCAUCUAUACUUUUGACACAUCCCGUAGUGAUUAGUGAAUUUGCUGAAUCUGUUCUUGGGAUUAAGACUGAAGAGCUGAUCAGGAGAAUGGUUCCAUCAAUUAUACCAAAACUUAUUGUGUCUCACCCCAACAAUGACCAAGCAGUUGUUACUCUGCAUGAACUGGCAAAUCAUCUAAACAAUGAGCUAGUUCCAUUGAUUGUUAAUUCACUGCCUAAAGUGCUCUCCUUCGCUCUAUUCUAUGAAGAUGGACAUCAUCUGUCAUCUGUUCUAGAAUUUUAUCACAACGAAACAGGAACUGAUAACAAAGAGAUAUUUUCAGCUGCUUUACCGACACUGCUUGACGAAAUCAUAUGUUUUCCUGGGGAAUCUGACCAGAUUGAGACAGAUAAAAGGAUGGCAAAGAUUAUACCAACUAUUCAGAAUAUUGCAAAAAUUUUAACAGGCAAUGAUAACCUUCCUGAGUUUUUGAAGAAUGAUUUUGUUCGGCUUCUCAACAGUAUUGACAAGAAGAUGCUUCAUUCUGAUGAUAUGAAGCUUCAGAAGCAAGCUCUCCAGCGUAUAAGGAAACUAGUUGAGAUGAUGGGGCCCUAUUUAAGUACACAUGCACCAAAGAUUAUGGUUCUGUUGAUUUUUGCCAUUGAUAAGGAAACUCUUCAAAUGGAUGGCCUAGAUGUACUGCACUUUUUCAUCAAGCGAUUGGCUGAGGUAUCAUGUACCAGUAUAAAGUAUGUUAUGUCCCAAGUUGUAGCUGCAUUCAUUCCCUCUUUAGAAAGGUGCAGAGAAUGCCCUUUGGUGCAUCUGGGCAAAAUCGUUGAAAUCCUGGAAGAACUUGUAGUUAAAAACAGUAUCUUGCUUAAACAACAUAUACGCGAAUUGCCAUUGUUACCUAGCUUACCAUCUUUGUCAGAAGUAAACAAAGUAAUACAACAAGCCAGAGGAUUGAUGACUCUGCAAGAUAAUCUAAAGGAUGCUGUCAAUGGUCUUAACCAUGAGAGCUUAAAUGUAAGGUACAUGGUAGCAUGUGAGUUAAAUAAACUAUUCAAUGAUAGAAGGGAUGACGUAACUUCUCUCAUUAUUGGUGAAGAUAUUGCUGAUUUGGAUAUAAUAAGCUCUUUAAUAAUGGCUUUACUCAAAGGAUGUGCAGAGGAAUCAAGGACAGUUGUUGGCCAGAGAUUGAAACUAGUUUGUGCAGAUUGUCUUGGUGCACUUGGAGCUGUUGAUCCUGCUAAGUUUAAGGUAAUGUCAUGUGAGCGCUUUAAGAUUGAAUGUUCAGAUGAUGAUCUUAUAUUUGAGUUGAUCCACAAGCAUCUUGCAAGGGCAUUCAGAGCUGCUUCUGACACCACGGUACAAGAUUCUGCUGCAUUGGCUAUUCAAGAGCUACUAAAAUUGGCAGGCUGUCAAUCUUUACCUAAUGAAGGUAACAGGAAGGAAUCAAGUAGUUGUGAGAUGAGCAAAAGGGGUCAGAGGUUGUGGGGGCGUUUUUCUAGUUAUGUUAAGGAAAUUAUUGCACCUUGCUUGACUUCAAGAUUUCAUCUUCCUAGUGUGAAUGAUGCUACUUUAGCUGGUCCAAUAUACCGCCCAACAAUGUCUUUCAGGAGGUGGAUAUAUUAUUGGAUUAGGAAGUUGACUUCCCAUGCAACUGGGUCACGUAGUGGUAUAUUUGGUGCAUGCCGUGGAAUUGUUCGGCAUGACAUGCCAACCGCAAUAUAUCUCCUACCGUACUUGGUAUUAAAUGUUGUUUGCUAUGGAACACCUGAGGCUCGUCAAAGCAUUACUGAGGAAAUCUUGUCUGUCCUCAACGCCGCUGCUUCAGAAAGUAGUGGAGCUAUUGUUCAUGGUAUUACUGGAGGACAGAGUGAGGUCUGUAUCCAAGCUGUCUUCACUUUACUUGAUAAUCUUGGGCAAUGGGUUGAUGACCUCAAACAGGAAAUCGCUUUAUUCCAAUCUAAUCAAGCAAUGGCUGGAAGGCAUGGAGGUAAAGUGAAAGAUGGAAGGUACUCUAUGUAUGACCAAGAUCAAUUGCUGGUGCAGUGCAGCAAUGUUGCUGAGCUGUUGGCUGCUAUUCCUAAAGUCACUCUAGCUAAGGCAUCGUUUAGAUGCCAAGCUCAUGCCCGCGCUCUAAUGUACUUUGAAUCUCAUGUCCGUGAAAAGUCUGGCUCCUCAAAUCCAGCCGCAGACUGUAGUGGUACCUUUUCAGAUGAUGACAUCUCUUUUCUGAUGGAAAUAUAUGGAGGAUUGGAUGAGCCUGAUGGCCUCUUAGGUUUAGCUAAUCUGAGGAAAUCAUCAAACCUACAAGAUCAACUAAUCAUCAAUGAGAAAGCUGGGAAUUGGGCUGAAGUACUAACAUUAUGUGAACAGUCUUUGCAAAUGGAACCUGAUUCUGUCCAUAGACAUUGUGAUGUUCUCAAUUGUUUGCUAAACAUGUCUCAUCUUCAAGCCAUGAUUGCACAUGUGGAUGGUUUGGUGUAUAGAAUACCUCAAUCUAAGAAAAUUUGGUGCAUGCAAGGGGUACAAGCAGCAUGGAGAUUAGGGAGAUGGGAUCUCAUGGAUGAAUAUCUAGCCGAGACAGGCAAAGGUUUGGUGUGCAGAAGUUCUGAGAACAACGCUUCUUUUGACAUGGGCCUUGCCAAGAUAUUCAAAGCAAUGAUGAAAAAAGAUCAGUUUAUGGUUGCUGAAAAAAUUGCCCAGUCCAAGCAAGCAUUGCUUGUACCUUUGGCUGCAGCUGGCAUGGACUCGUACAUGCGUGCAUAUCCUUACAUAGUUAAGCUCCAUAUGCUGCGUGAAUUAGAAGACUUCAACUCCCUUCUGGGAGAUGAGUCAUUUCUUGAUAAGUCGUUUAGUGCAGAUGAUCCUAAGUUUCUGAAGUUAACAAAGGAUUGGGAAAACCGUUUGAGAUGUACACAACCAUCUCUGUGGGCCAGGGAGCCAUUGCUUGCUUUCCGUAGGAUGGUUUAUAAUCUAAGUCAUAUGAAUGCUCAAGCUGGGAACUGCUGGCUACAAUAUGCAAGGCUCUGCCGCUUAGCUGGUCACUACGAGACAGCCCACCGUGCAAUACUGGAAGCAGACACUUCAGGUGCUUCUAAUGCUCACAUGGAGAAGGCAAAGUACCUCUGGAAUAUACGGAAGUCUGAUAGUGCUAUAGCUGAACUUCAGCAAACACUUCUAAACAUGCCUGCGAACGUUCUGGGAGAUGCUGUCCUUUCAUCCCUCUCUAGCCUUUCUCUUGCUUUGCCAAAUGCACCCCUCUCUGUGACACAAGGACCAAAAGAGAACCCAGAUAUAUCCAAAACCCUCCUCCUCUACACUAGAUGGAUCCACUAUACUGGGCAAAAGCAGAGCAAUGAUAUCAAAUCUCUAUAUUCUAGGGUAACAGAUUUGCGGCCCAAGUGGGAAAAGGGUUUCUUCUGCAUAGCUAAGUUCUACGAUGAUUUGCUUGUUGAUGCUAGGAGACGCCAAGAAGGUAAGAAAAUUGCAUCUGGAGUUGGACCUGUCCCGCCUAGCUCUACUGGCUCUUUAAGUACAGCAACUGAAGAGAAGCCUUGGUGGGAUAUACUUCCAGUAGUCUUAAUACAAUAUGCAAGAGGACUUCACAGAGGACAUAAGAAUCUUUUCCAAGCACUACCACGACUGCUUACUCUUUGGUUUGAAUUUGGAAGCAUAUAUAUCCGGGAUGGAUCUUCCUCCAACAAACCCAUGAAAGAAGUUCAUAUAAAGUUGUUAGGCAUUAUGCGCGGUUGUUUGAAAGAUCUACCAACAUAUCAGUGGCUAACUGUGCUGUCUCAGUUGAUCUCCCGCAUCUGUCAUCAAAAUAUUGAAGUUGUCAAAAUAGUCAAAUGCAUCAUCACAUCUAUUAUACGGGAGUACCCUCAGCAGGCUCUGUGGAUGAUGGCUGCAGUGUCAAAGUCAACAGUUGCUGCAAGACGAGAUGCUGGUGCUGAAAUAUUACAAUCAGCAAAGAAGGGCUGUCGGCGUGGUAGUGACAGCAUUGCUUUGUUCACACAGUUCCCUUCUCUGAUAGAUCAUCUGAUUAAGCUGUGCUUUCAUCUGGGGCAGCCUAAGGCAAGGACAAUAAAUAUCUCAACAGAGUUCAGUUCCUUGAAAAGAAUGAUGCCAUUGGGAAUUAUCUUACCCAUCCAGCAGGCUCUAACUGUGACUCUACCAUCAUAUGAUACAAAUAUGACAGAUCAAUCAGCUUUUCAUCCUUUUUCAGUUUCUGAGCAUCCCACUAUAGCCGGAAUAGCUGAUGAUGCAGAGAUCCUUUCCUCCCUUCAGAAACCAAAGAAGGUUGUGUUCAUUGGAAGUGAUGGAAUCGCUCGACCAUUUCUAUGCAAACCAAAGGAUGAUCUUAGGAAAGAUUCUCGCAUGAUGGAGUUCAAUGCAAUGAUCAACCGUCUUCUCUCCAAAGUUCCCGAGAGCCGCAGGAGAAAGCUUUAUAUUAGAACCUUUGCAGUGGUUCCGCUUACAGAAGAUUGUGGAAUGGUAGAGUGGGUUCCCAAUACUCGUGGUCUUCGGCAAAUUCUUCAGGAUAUCUACAUAACUUGUGGAAAAUUUGAUAGGAUGAAAACAAACCCACAAAUCAAGAAGACAUAUGAUCAAUGGCAGGAUAAAAUGCCUGCCGAAAUGCUGAAGACUAAAAUCCUACCAAUGUUCCCUCCAGUUUUCAACAAAUGGUUCUUGACUACAUUUUCUGAACCGGCCGCAUGGUUCCGUGCCAGGGCAGCAUUUGCGCAUACAACCGCAGUUUGGUCAAUGGUUGGGCAUAUUGUUGGGCUUGGUGAUAGGCAUGGUGAAAACAUCCUUCUCGAUUCAACAACUGGAGACUGUGUUCAUGUGGAUUUCAGUUGCUUGUUUGACAAGGGUUUGCUGCUUGAGAAGCCUGAGGUGGUGCCAUUCAGGCUUACACAAAACAUGGUUGAUGGUUUGGGCAUCACUGGAUACGAGGGCGUGUUUGUGAAGGUCUGUGAAAUUACUCUGUCAGUUCUGAGAACUCACAAGGAGGCACUCAUGACAGUUCUUGAGACCUUUAUCCAUGAUCCGCUAGUGGAGUGGACCAAAUCUCAUAAAUCCAGUGGGGUGGAAGUCCAUAACCCACAUGCACAGAGGGCCAUUAGUAACAUAACAGAGAGGCUCAAGGGAGUUGUGGUAGGCGUCAACGCUGCUCCCUCUCUUCCACUUUCUGUGGAAGGCCAAGCACGCCGCCUGAUUGCGGAAGCAGUCUCCCACAGCAACCUCGGCAAGAUGUACAUUUGGUGGAUGGCUUGGUUCUAACAGGUCUCUCCUUCCAUCCCCUGCUUAUUAUAUGUUCUUUUAUUUUUGUUUGACCUGGAAGAGGUAGGCAGGAGGAACCAGAGGGCAGCUAGCUACUGGCAUUUUGUAGCCAGCCCGCUAGCUGUCAUAUUCCUGUGACUUCCUAUCAAUGCAUGUCACUGAACAUACUCUUGGCCUCUUGGGCCGUCCACAGUAUUAAUAUUAUCAUUGCUAUUAUUAAGAUCAUAUUAUAUGUUAGCAAGAAAACAUUUUCAGUGGCAUUCUGGGAAACCUGUCACGCUAAUAUUUAAAAGUGAUACGUGAGGAUAUU